AUGUGCCCAGUACUAUACCAAAUGCUCGCCAACACAUUUGUGCGCUCGUCGCGCCGUGUUGUUCCUGCAUCGCGAACACUGCGGCUUCGAGGCGCCCGACCCGCUUCGACAUUAGCGGAGAACCCGCACAUUUAUGUUCACAAGGAUCCAUUUGAUCCAAGCAAACAAUUGCUAUCACUUCUACCCACGGAACCCCCAACACCUCAACUCGCAAUUGGCACUUGCACUGCUCUGCCGCCCACACCCCGCAAUUUUACCGAAAACCCCCAGUUUCUGCCUAUACUAUACUCGGUGUUCGCGGCGCAUGCGGCCCAGGAUCCGUACGUUCAGUCGCAAGCAGCUGUUUACGCGUCGCCCGGUGGCUCCAAUCUUUCGCGGCCCAACGAUGGUGCAGGCGGCGCAAAUCACCAGGGUGGCAUGGGAGGAGGGGGACAUGGAGGGUGGAUACAUGUUAGCGAUUUGAGGAAUCCGCCAGACUAUGGGCGCAUUGCCUGGCCUGAGGACAUAUUCGGGAGUGUAGAGGUGGAUGCACAUGGGAGGUUGAAUGGAGGUGAUGGAGCGUGGCAGAAUAGCGGGACAUAUCGCAUUGUGACAAGGGAGGGAAUAUUGGGAUUGACCGAGUUCAUGCGAGGAAAGAUGGUGGAAAAGCUGCUGGAUCUCGAGAGACAGAUUAAGCAAAAUUCAUGA